AUGAAGCCCAGGCCACCGAACCCGCCGAGGAAGACCUUAGUUUCCUCGACUGGACAUGGCUCUCUGAGCGCCUCCGCUGCUGAAGAAGCCCGCGUACAAGCCGAAAUCGAGACCUACCGCGAUAUUCGACAAUAUCUUCGAAAAUGGCAAGAAACCAAUCCCAAUGUCUUAGACCCAGUCCGCGAGCCGGGGAGUGCAAUGACACUGGAGAAUACAGGCCAGUGGGUCGGCACGAUGCUCAACGGCCGCGAAGCGUCGGAGUCGCUCUGGGCUAGUUCGCAAUUGUCUGGCAAGGAUGAUUUCGACACCUCGGAAGAAUUUGAAGGAGACCAUCUCGAACCAGGCGAUAUGGUGGCCCGAGUCUCGUCAGAUGGCGUGUUCAGUCUCUCCGUCUAUGUGCAAUCAGUUCAUAAACAGAAACAAAUUUAUACGAGCCGUGGGAACUGGCGGAUCUGCUCGAAUCGCGAAAUCGAUUACGUCGUCAAGGGAUUUGUACCUCGGGUUCUGAUCGAGCCUAUCAAGCCAUAUUUUCCGGAUAGUCCUGCUCAAGUCAUGUCGGAGAUCCAAUCUGUCCCUGAAGGUGGACUCCCGCGGCCUCUUGGGCGACCUCUCAUUGAAAUAAUGGCCAAUUUUGAGCAGCAGGUAUCGGAGUUCUAUCGCCAGCACUCGCAACUGCUGGACAUUAUCCACGAGCUGGUAGCGGACGAGUCGGAAUUCCUUCGCAUGACCCUUGAGGAACUGGCCAUGAAACUGCUGGGAAUAGUUGAUGAAGGGGAACUCAACAGCGUGAACCUUUUCGCGGUGCACCAGGCUGUGCGGCGCCAUCCAUUUAUCAUUGAGAAAGACUUCAACACUUCUUUCAACCCGAUAUACCUGGUGCAGCCGAAACGAAUUACCAAGGUUGUCAGUCAGGUGAUAACCUGGGUCCAUGAACACCAGGACUUUUUGGUCCGUGCCGCCAUGGCAAAGGAAACCCCUGGUUUCAAGGACCAUCCGAUGCAGCAAUUUAUCCAGAAAGCCCAGCGUCUGAUCCGUCUCAGUCGAAAGGUUCGGUCUCCUACAAUCAUGUCCAGUGUAGGCCCUUCAGCGCAGAAGUUCCAACCUGGACAAGACGGCAAAGCAAUGGUGUAUCGUGAGGUCCUCACCGAGAAGUUUUCCAAGGACGAUCAGACGAUUAUUGAGUAUCUGCAAAUGUACGCCAUCCCCUCGGUGGCCAUGCCUUCUGGUACUUUGCGCUCGACAGCAUCUCACGUCAUGCGUGCGACGGGGAUGUACAAUACUCUCGGACUCAGUGAGUCCUCAACCCGUAUGUUCCUGCAGGAGCUUGGCGUGAUAUCUCCAUGGGAGAACCUGAGUCUCCUAGACCAAAACAUACUGCUUCCCGGGCAUGGAAUGUCUCUGAUGGAGGACCUGAAAUGGGAGGAAAUUGAAGAAUCCUGCGAGAACAUCGCAGAUUCUUUGUCAGAUUCAAUGAAGGACCUACGAAAAGAUUGGGGAGACUUGCCGGUCUACUGUGUGGACGCUAUCACGGCACAAGAGAUUGACGAUGGCGUCUCAUUGGAGCGCAUCCCGGGCUCUGACGAUACGUUCUGGGUGCGCAUCCACGUCGCCAACCCGACGGCUUUCGUGAAAUAUGAUAACCCUAUCAUGGAGUACGCCAAGUCCCGACUUGCUACAACAUACGCCCCGGAGCGCACGUAUCCCAUCUUCCCGACGAGCCUUACGCAGGGUCACUUUAGUUUGGCGGAUGAUCGUCCUACGUUAACAUUCAGCGCAAAGAUGAACCUGCAAGGAGAAAUCCUUGAUACCGAAAUCACAAACGGCACAAUUCGGAAUGUAGUCAGCCUGACCCAUAGUACCUUGCAAAAGUUUCUCGAUCCCGAUUCCGAGCAUUCUUCGGAAUCCCUCACUGUCGGCGGUGAAUUCCUUGAGCAAUCAAAGCCCGAAGGUAAGGUUCUCCGUGAGGAACUCUCCGCUGAAGACAAAGAGAACUUCACCAUCCUGCGCAAUCUGAUGCUGGGAUUCCGUCUUCAGCGCCAGAAAAAUGGCGCAAUGGACAUCCAGUCUACACGCCCAGAUCCCUCUCUCUCCAUCCAAAUGGGCACCGUGCCCAUAAAGCCAUACGAGAUCCAAGUCACCGAGGGCCGGUACUACGUCGGUGACCCGAUCAUCCGGCUCCAGAUGCAGGAAUUCGACCCACACGAAGUCCGCGAUGAGUCGAAACGCUAUCUUGUCUCGCUACUGAUGAACUUGGCCGGCCACAUUGCCGGAAGGUUUUGUGCGGCCCGCAACAUUCCCGUUGUCUACAAUGGUACCUGGUAUGACCCGGAAUACGGACCCAUCACGCGUGAGAACAUGGCCGAGUUUGGCGGCCAGGCAUUUUAUCAUCUAGGCUUGCCGAAGGCUGUAUCUGCGUCUACUCCUCUGCAUCACCACAUGCUUGGACUGGAUGCAUAUGUCAAAAGCACGAGUCCACUGCGUCGGUUUAGCGAUGUGAUAGCGCACUACCAGAUUGAAGCAGCAUUGCGCUUUGAGCAUGAACAUGGCCGCCAAUUUGACGCUGCCCUGGAUAUCCCAGAUGAAGCCGAAACAAGUUCAACUCCCGCUACAGAGUCCAACUCUCAACCUCCGGAACCGCCUACCUCACUUCUCCCGUACUCGCAAUUCGACCUCGAUGCCCACAUAGACUACUCCCAGCCCCUCCUUGCCCGACUCCGCGCCAUCUCCUCUUUCUCCACUCAGCAUUGGGCCUGCAUGCUCCUCUUCCGCGCAUUCUAUUUCGCCGAGUGUGCCCUCCCGCCAUCAUUCCCUGUUAUCCUGCGCUCGCUGCGGAUCGGCUCCGAGCGUGAAGAAACGGUCUACUCGGGCAUUAUCACCAACCUUGGCGUUAACUGUGUGAUCACUAUCCCCGAUGGUUGUCCGGAUAAGGAUCAAAUGGAUAUCUUUGGGGUCGUUGAUGCCCAUAUCACCGCCGUAGAUAUGGCGAGUCUGGAGGUGAAGAUGGAAGCCACGGGAUUGAUUAAGUCAUUUAAGCGGACCGGUGAGUGGGCUUAA